AUUUUCUCCCCUUUGUAUGUGACGGCUGUUCAGGUGUCUUUUGCCUUCAGCACAGGAGCCGGGAUGCUCAUGGGUGUUCUGAGGUGAAUAUAAGAAACAAUUCUGUGAAACCAGAUCAGCACAGAUCUUACCCGUGCUCAUACAAGGACUGCAACGGAAAGGAGCUUUUGCCAGUUUUAUGUCCCUACUGUGAAAAACAUUUUUGUCUAAGACACCGGCAUCAAUCAGACCAUGAAUGUGAGAAACUGGACACACCAAAACCUCGAAUGGCUGCCACCCAGCAGCUAGUUAAACAUAUUAUAGAUUCUAAAAAAAAUGAGGAAGCAAAGAGCAAAAAACGUAAAGGAGUGAAAAACAGUGAGACAGCAGCAAAAGUGGCAUUAAUGAAACUGAAAAUGCACGCAUGUGGGGACAAGUCCUUGCCUCAGACAGAAAGAAUUUACUUUCAAGUAUUUUUACCAAAGGGGAACAAAGAGAAAAGCAAGCCCAUGUUCUUUUGCAGUAAGUGGAGUAUUGGCAAAGUAGUAGAUUUUGCAGCUUCCUUAGCAAGCCUUAAAAAUGACAACAACAAAUCAACAUCCCAGAAAUUGAGAUUGUGCCAUACUGCCUCUGGAGAAGCCUUGCCGUUUGAGCACACGUUGGAAACAUGGCUAUCUGAUAAAGACUACCCAUUGUACAAUGGUGGAAAUAUAAUUUUGGAGUAUCUUGAUAAUGAUGUUCUAUCUAUAGAAGAUACAGAGUCGUACUUUAGUUAAUCAGUAAAUUAUCACAAAUGAGAAAAAAAAGCAAAGAUUUUUUUUACAAGUGUGGUAUUCAAACCAAGUCC